CUGCGAGCACACAUCCCGCACGUAGCCCGCGUAUUAAUCAGCGCGGGGCCAUCUGCCGCCCGCUCCUUAAAGCGCUGGGGGCUGUGGGUGUCGUGAGAGAGCGGUUCGGUGUUGUGCGGUAACAGCGAUAUCAGCGCGGGGCUCCGACAGCAGCGUCGUCCCUGAGGUGCGGGGCUGAGCCGAGGCGCGGAGCUGUGCGCAGCCCGUCCGGGAGUCUGCAAAGUUUGGUCCCGUCCCGGAGUCCAGUCCCGGCCUGGAGCCGGCGGGCAUCACCUACCAAGGCGGGUGCCUGCAGGGCAGCGGCGCGCCCGUCCCCGCCGCGCCAUGCCGCUGGGGCACAUCAUGCGGCUGGACCUGGAGAGGCUCGCCCUGGAGUACGUCGUGCCGUGUCUGCACGACAUCGGCUUCUGCUACCUGGACAACUUCCUAGGGGAGGUGGUGGGCGACUGCGUGCUGGAGCGGGUGAAGCGCAUGCACCGUGACGGUGAGCUGGCCGACGGGCAGCUGGCUGGCCCCAGCCGCGGUGUCGCUAAGAGGCAUCUCCGCGGCGACCAGAUCAAGUGGAUCGGGGGCACGGAAGAGGGCUGCGAGGCCAUCAACUUCCUUCUCACGCUGAUCGACCGCCUGGUGAUGUACUGCGGCAGCCGGCUCGGCAAGUACUACGUAAAGGAGCGCUCCAAGGCUAUGGUUGCUUGUUAUCCUGGAAAUGGAACUGGGUAUGUGCGUCAUGUGGACAACCCGAACGGUGAUGGGCGCUGCAUCACCUGUAUUUAUUACCUGAAUAAGAACUGGGACUCCAAGCUCCAUGGUGGAAUUCUUCGAAUAUUCCCAGAAGGGAAGUCCUAUGUAGCAGAUGUUGAGCCGAUUUUUGACAGGUUGCUUUUUUUCUGGUCAGAUCGAAGGAACCCUCAUGAAGUCCAGCCUUCUUAUGCAACUAGGUAUGCCAUGACUGUGUGGUAUUUUGAUGCUGAAGAAAGAGCAGAAGCAAAAAAAAGUUCAGGAACUUAACUGGUAUGACUUUUACAAAAUAUUGUAGUUAGAAGAGUAAGGCCUUCAUUUUUAGGACUAGUGAUUUGAGAUGAAGUAGGACAGUUAUGAAAGUAGAAAAUUAAGGCCUGGGCUCAAUAAUCCUGAUGGGGAGUAUGGAAUAGGUGAUUUUUGAUUUUUUUUCUUCUAAAACUACAGCUGAGGUGUUAAUUUUACUUUAGGAUUAACUUCUGUGUGGACACAUUCACAAUGACCUUGGACUGUAUAGACUAUGUAAAUUAGAAAGAAACAAAGUUUAUAAACAUGUACAAGCACACCUUUUGGCAGACAGUUUGCUAGAGUAGCUGUGAUAAUGGUGCUUUCCAUGCACUGCCUGCUUUCAGCUGGUUUCACAGGUGGCCUGAAAUCAUCCCAGAGAUAUUUCUGUGGAACCCCAGGGUGACCUGACUCCAGCUUUCCUGUCUGCAGCACCUGGUACUGUAGUACUAGCAUACAAGUGUAUAAUU